AUGGACUUCGCCAUCAGCUUGAAAGGCGGCCACAUGGGAGCUAGGCAAUUCAACAGGAAAUUCUGGAAAGAAUACCUCCCCCGCCUGAAAUUCCACAACCCCUCCAUCCCCAUGAUCGUCAACCGCCACGACCAGAACCAGCUCCCCCCGAUAAUGUCCAUCUACCUCCGCAAAUCCGACGCCUCACCCCCCGCCUCUUCCGAACCUCUCGCCCAGCCCUCAUCAUCCCGGACGAACCUAUCUAAGGCGCAACCCCCUACCGCGGACGAGCGCGUCGUGCACAUCGACAUGGCCAACAAGCACUCAUCACACAUCCUCGAGUUCUUCAUGGCCGAGACCCGCGCUGUUCCUCUGCAGCCUACAAACGAGGAGAUUGUCGAGAUGCAGGCCCUCGAGACACUAAGAAAGAAUGCCGAUGUGGACCGUGAGCGUGUACGACAGCUGAGACUAGAGAAGAAGAAGGAAGAGGAUAUGCUGAAGCGAGCAAGAGCUGCGGGUGGCAUCGCAGAGCAAGAGGAGGCAUAA